UUUCCCCAUUAUCCCUGAAAUGGGGAAAUGUCGGGAGAUGGGGGAGAGCACAGGGAAUCACGGCUGUUGGGGGCUCAGGUGGGGUUGGCAGGUGCGUACUUAUCCAGGCGGGAGACACAUAUUCAGCCUGGCUCCUCCUGUCCCUCCCCCAGUGAGGUUCAGAAUGUUCCGCUGGGGCUGGGUUGGAGGCUAAGCUGCUGGUCAACCCAGAGCUGGCUUCAGUGAGACGUGACCCCUCCCCAAAGGAGGGGGUCCCAGAGGUCUCAGAGGUGAAACACUGUAAGGUAGGGGUCCUUCCACGUCUGAACUAAUGUUGACGGCUACUCGGGUUGUCCCUAGGAUGGAUCCUACUGUCCCCAGUGACCCCUGACUGACCCAUAGGAUUCUAUCCUAUCCAGAUCAUUCGUGGAUCUCUGGACUCUGGGGGUGGGGUGAGGAUGGGAGUCCAGGGUAGGGCAUAGUGGGGAAUCUUGGAUGUGACUUCACAACCGUGAGAGCCAGGGGGCUGGGACCCCAACCCGUUCCUCCCUGAUGGGCGCUACCCUAGUAACUCUGGGGAUGGGGGGGGGAGACAUGGAAGUGUCAAAAGUGAACAGUAACCAUUCCAAAGGCAUCUCAAGCCAAGACUGGUCCCAGCCCUGUCCAGGGCGAAGACACAGUCAGAGCUGGCUUGGCUCCCUCAGUGUCCAAGACCCGUCUCCACCCCACUCCUCAGCCCCACGAUUGUCAGUCAGCCACACUAAGCUUACCCUUGAAUCAACUCUUUUUUAAUUUUUUAGUGGGGUUGUGGGCAGAGAAUGGGCAUAUGAGGGGAGAGAUAGGCAUGUCUUACACCACUGUGGCCUCCAGGGGGUGCCUUCCUAAGUGUGAAUUCCGGGGCAGAAUUAGGCAGUCUGUCUCUUACCUCUGAGUCUUUGCCCGGCUGUACCAAUCCCGUGAUACACUUCUUCCUCACGGCUGUGUCUGAGAAUAAUCAGCUCUCUCCGAGGCACAGUCUCUUAGGAGAUGCCUUUACCAACCCGCCGCUUUGUUAGCCAAAUCUCCCUUUCUCAAAUCAUCUUACACUUCUUGCUUGUCCUGCAUGGUCUGCUCAUGCUGCGUACCCCAAGACUCUUCUUGUUUUUGUCUUUCUGUACUCGGUUCGAGCGUGGCGUCCGGGCACUUUACACAUUCUUGUCAGAUUGCUUUUGAAUCGGUCUGACCCAACAUUUGCAAGAAUGGGAUAUGGGCAAUGGAGAAAGAUAAAAGGAAGAAAAAAGGGCACUUCUUCCCUCAGGAGCCUUCCUUGUUGGCGUGUCCCUGGGGGCAGAAGAGCCUUCCUGAGGCCACAUCCAAUGACCGUGGACCAGACUCCCAUGCCAUGUUCCUGGAAACUAAAUGACGUUAAUGAGACAGAGAGAAAUGAGACUAUACCAUAUCAAGGGAGCAGAGCCGAUGCUAAGGCGCUACCCAUUAUCAUCCCCUACCUCACCGUGCUCAUCAGCCUGGUUGGGUUGGUGGGCAAUGGGAUUGUCCUCUGGCUUCUGGGCUUCCGCAUUAAGAGGAACCCCUUCUCUGUCUACAUUCUCAACCUUGCUGGGGCAGAUUUCGUCUUCCUUUCCUGCCAGGUGUUUUAUGCUGCGGUCGACAUUUUAAAAGAUUGUUAUGACACUUUGUCUUCUGUGGCUCACUUUUAUGUCACCUGGUUCUUCUAUUCCUCCUUUCCUGCACUAAAGGUGCUGGCCCCCAUCACCUUCUCCUCCUACACCAUGGAUCUGAGCGUGCUGGCAGCCAUCAGCACUGAGCGCUGUCUGUCCGUCCUCUUCCCUGUCUGGUACCGAUGCCAGCGCCCCAAGCACACCUCCACGCUGGUGUGUGCCCUGCUCUGGAUCGAGUCUGUGAUGAUCAGUGUGCUGACAGGAGAUGGCUGUGGCUUCUUUUACAGAAAGUACAGUAAGCAGGCUUGCUAUGACUUCACCAUAGCCAGUGCUGUGCUGGUUUUUUCCCUGUUCUUUCUGACGUGUGUGUCCAGUCUGACUCUCUUCCUCAGGGUCCAGGGCAACUCACGGAGACGUCGGUCUCCCAAGAUCUACAUUGUCAUUCUGUGCACGGUCCUCAUGUUUCUCCUCCUGGGUCUUCCCUUCAGCAUCUAUUGGUUUCUUUUGUCCUGGUGGGAGGACACCUUUCUCAAGGACUGGAACCUGCCGUACUUCAUCAUUGACACACUCUCCUGUGCGAAUAGUACCAUCAACCCGUUCAUUUACUUCUUCGUGGGGAGCUUCAGACAGCAGAAAUCUUGGGAGCCCUUCAGGGUGGUCCUCCAGAGGGCCCUGCAGGAUGAGGCAGAGCUGCGGGAGGAGGGAGAGAUUUCACACCCAGAGAUCAUGAAGCUAUCAGCUUGCGACUGCCAGAAGGGGGAAGGAGAGAUGUAGAGAAAUAAUAACGUUAUGAUUACAUUGUGCCUGUUGUCUUUCCCUUCGGACUAUGAGCUCCCUGAAGGCAUGACUGUCUUCAGCCUCUUUUUGUAUCCACAGUGCUUAGCACUGUGCCUGGCACAUAG